AUGGAGCCACAGAAUCUAACAGGUGUCUCAGAAUUCCUCCUCCUGGGCCUUUCUGAGGAUCCAGAACUGCAGCCCCUCCUCUUUGGGCUGUUCCUGUCCAUGUACCUGAUCACAGUGGCUGGGAACCUCCUAAUCAUCCUGACCAUCAGCUCUGACCAUCACCUCCACACUCCCAUGUACUUCUUCCUCUCCAUCCUGUCCUUGGCUGACAUUGGUGUCACUUCUACCACAGUCCCCAAGAUGCUGGUGAACAUCCAGACAGAAAGCAAAUCCAUCAUUUAUGUGGGUUGCCUGACACAGGUUUCAUUUUUUUAUCUCUUUGCAUGUCUGGAUAGUCUCUUAUUGACUGUGAUGGCUUAUGACCGGCUUGUGGCCAUCUGUUACCCUCUUCACUACACAGUCAUCAUGAACCCCCGCCGCUGUGGCUUGCUAGUUUUGGUAUCUUUUUUUUUCAGCCUUUUGUACUCCCAGCUACAACUGUCCUUUGUGUCACAGAUAACAUUUUGCAAAGAAGUGGAAAUUCCUAGUUUCUUCUGUGACUCUCCUCAACUCUUUAAACUUGCCUGUUCUGACACUUUCAACAUUGACAUCUUAGUAUAUUGUAUUGUUGCCAUCUACGGUGGUAUUCCAGUCUCAGGGAUCCUUUUCUCUUAUAUGCGAAUCGUUUCCUCCAUUCUGAGAAUCUCAUCUUCAGGUGGGAAACAUAAAGCCUUUUCAUCCUGUGGCUCUCACUUGUCAGUUGUUUGCUUAUUUUAUGGAACAGGCCUUGGAGUGCACCUCAGUUCAGCUGUGUCAUCUUCUGCCCGAAAGGAUGCAGUGACAUCAGUGAUGUACACCGUGGUCACCCCCAUGUUGAACCCCUUCAUCUACACCCUGAGGAACAGGGACAUCAAGAGAGUGCUGUCGAAGCUCCUGAGCAGAACACUCCUUAUUCCUAGCAUAGUACCAUGUGAUUUUCCAAUUUAA